AUGCAGGCUGAACUGAAGAAAGAGAUCGAAGCCAAAACGCGGGCAGUUAACAUGGCUCUGGACAAAUGGAAGGAAGACGGGGGAAGUCGGGAGGAUGUGACCAAAUCCUUGGUUGAGCUGAUUAAUGUUGUUUGGCCGGUCUUACAGACAUCAGCACCUGGAAGGCUUGAUCGAACGAACAUUCGCCAGAUUAUUCAAUAUGUCGCUAGCCUGCUUCGCCCUCAUGAGGACGGUUUGUCGCCAUCUCACUCGAUCGCCUCAACCAGUUACCAUUAUGCCUUGAUGCCGUCGCCCAAGCGUCUAUCGUCCAGGGGAGAAGAUGGCGCGAAGGAUACUACCGCGGGUGCCGAGAGCGCUCUGAAUCAGUUGGAUAGUCUUCAGACGGGCCCCGCGGAAAUAGAUGGUCUCGACAUGUCUAUAUCACCUAGCCACCUUGCGGCUAUCUUUCCUGAAGACUUUUUGGGGGGCAUGCCAAACAAUGAUUUGGACCUGGUACCCCAAGGGCCGGUGCCUGAAGGGUCUCAACUUCAGGAUUUCGGGACAUUGAUGGAGAUGGUCGACAAUAUGGGAGAUACGGUCUUGAACUCAUUCACACCCGGGGAUGAUCAUUUGUUCGUACCACAGUUAACUCCUCAGUCGGGCCCGAAUAUGAACUUGGACUUACGUCCGCCCACCUCACCCGGUUCAUGGGAGGAAUGGUUGGCGGGGUCCAAUACUGUGGCCCACCCUGAGAUGCCUAUAGGCUUGGAGACCCCCGUUGCUAGCAUGAACAAUACCCAUUCCGAAAACUUGAAUGGGCCGACAUCUGCCACACCUGAUUUGCAUGAUGUUCCCGAGAUUAUGGGGCUCUCUACAGAUCUGUCCACUUCUGCUACUCCAAGCUCAAUCAGGCUUGCGGCAAACCUGAAUGAUAUUGCCUUUGACCUAGAGAAUGAGGGUGAUCGGUCUCAGAUACUGGAUCACAUCUCCAAGUCGGAUAUAUUUCCAACUACUUGGUCUACCUUUGACGGUGGAUUCGUCCAAACUCUUCUCCGGGAGUUGGUAUGCGCUGACAAGCCGGUCGGGGCAGCAACAGUGGACUACUUCGCAUGCAAGCUGGCAGCGGUACAGACCGCUCCUGAAACAUGGACUGGGAGAUGGAUCGAGCUUAAAGAGUUGCGACAAUGUCCACAGCGCAUAUUGUUGAUGGUUGACGAUCCUGGCUACUCACUUUUGGAGAUCCAGUGCCAGGCAGAAAUAUUGAUUCAUUAUAUAGGUGGAAAUACCACACCUCCGGAAGAUCACGAUCACUGCGGAAUUUGCCCUAGAAUCAAGGAGCAAGUCACUCAGCUACUGCAUCUGGAAAGGAGGAGAACACCGCAAUGGAAUAUUCAGCACCAAGCAAUACCCACGGAAUGCGCCGACGGGUCUUGGCUGCUCUGGGUCACCCGCCGGAGAACGAAGUGGAUGGAUGCCCAGGAACCUGUGCCUGCCGAUUACCGGUUGAGACUCGCCCGCGAGGUCCUGCAUGAUUUUAAGGCAGCUCAGAGCAGUUAUGGUCUGCUUCGACUGGGUUUGCCAGGAAAUUUACCAACCCCUGAUGGCACACCCGUCUCCCUUGAGGCAUUCUGGAAAGGAUUUGGUGAGCAUCAUGGCUUCCGCACCACGCUGUGGGACAAGAUUGGUGAAAUUGCAGCGCGCAAGGACAAUAACCAGAUGCCCAUUGGCAUGGACCGUGCCAGUGAGUUGAUGCAACUUGCUAUGAACAUCGGCUCGCCCGAUGUCCUGAUUUCACUCCAAGAGUGCUUACGGCAUAUAAGGGAGCAGCUUGCAUCGACAAGUCCCAACUUUUCCGAGACACCUUGGGGCACAUUUGAUGCCUACUGUUUGCAUCAAAAGAGUCAGGCACUUUCUACCAUUGGCCUCCGUCUGGGUAGCUGGAAGCUACAAAGGUUGAGGAGAGACCACUCUGGAAGUCAUGAAAUGCUCGCGGAUCUGAUCCUUAGUGAGAAACCGCAUCAUAAGACUGUCACACGUGAGAGAAUCAUGACUAUUCUGAAAGAUAAGAAAGCCAUUUACUGGUGUCAUCUUGUUGAGCAUGUUGGAAACAACGACCCAAAUAUCUUAUGUCUUCUUCCGCGUGUCGUCAAUAUCGGACCACCUCGCUGGCAUCGAAAGUUGAAUGCUACUUCUUACCGAGAUCUUUCAUUACGAGAGUGUAAGAUCUUAGGAGAGCUCUACACUGAUCUUAGGUCCAAAAUACUUCACACUGCAUGUGACGAACUUUCCACUGAUCUGCUAUAUAUGAAAGACCCGGGGGCCUACUAUCGCAUUGAGAAACUGUCUCCUGAGCAGAUCACACAAGAGCCACUUACGUCGGACUUUUUUAUUGGCAUCUUGCAAAAGGUCUCGGGUUGA